UCACAGUAGUGAUGCACUGUGGGAUUUCUGCGUAUUGACAUAGCAACCGGGCCAAGGAGCCGCCGCCGCUUAGUAUUUUUGUCCGGAUUAGUUUUUGCUUCACACUCGUUGCUGGGAGUGCGCUUUCCACCGCUGCCAUGAACGCGGCGGUGGUGAAAAAGACUCAGGACACGCUGGGAAAAGUGAUAAAGAAACCCCCGCUGACGGAGAAGCUGCUGAGCAGGCCGCCGUUUCGGUACCUUCACGACAUCUUCAGCGAGGUUAUCAGGACCACUGGUUUUAUGAAAGGCCUGUAUGAAGAAAAUGAGAUGAAGUCAGAUAGUGUCAAGGAUAAGGACUCUAAAAUGGCCUAUCUUCAGAAAGCAAUAGAUGUUGUGAUGUUGGUGUCUGGCGAACCUCUGGCAGCAAAACCGGCACGAAUCGUUGCCGGUCAUGAGCCUGAGAAAACCAACGAAUUGCUUCAGGCCAUCGGGAAGUGCUGCCUCAACAAGCUGUCCAGUGAUGAAGCAGUGAAGCGAGUUCUUGCAGGAGAAAAAGUGGACUUAAAGAGCAAAGGGAGCACCUCCAGAUCUCAGGGCAAGGAAAACAGGGAUGGAAAGGAACGGCAGCCGGAUAAGGAAGAAAAGAAAAAGAUAGAGCGGAGUGGCAGCCGGGAGCAUAAGGAUCCAAACCAGGCCAAAGAGCAAGAGAGCCGGCACAGAGACAAAGAGGAUCACCGUGACCAUGAGCGCACAGAGAGGCAUCACCACAGUGAGAAGGACCACCAAGACAAGAGCCGAGAGCAGGAACGAGAGCGGGACAAAGGACGGGUCAGGGACAAGGAGAAAGACAGGGACAGAGAUCGAGACAGAGACAAGGAAAAGACCAGGGAGAGAGAUUCUCACAGAGACCGAGGCCAAGACAAACGAAGAGACAAAGACCGAGAGAGGGAGGGAGAUCGUAGCAAGGACUGGAAUGAAAAAAACAGAAGUGGGGAAAGAGAAAAUGACAAGGCCAAGGUGCCAGAGAAACCUCUGCAGAAAGCAGCCAAAACUGUGCCAGCACCUACAGAUGUAGUGGAAAACCAGUCAGGUAGUCCAGCUAGGAUACCCCGGCCCUCAUCUGCCAAAGGCCAGAGACAGAAACCCAAAGUUGGAAGUAAUGCAGAUGAGUCUGACAGUGAAGGAGGUGGAGACGGAGACGAUCAGUUAGCCCAGAAAGCCGUCCCUCAGGAGAACGGAGACACUGAAGAAUCCUCUGUGCCAGACAAGACUGCUAAGCGAGUGGCUCGGCCAAGCAGCGCCCGCCCAGCACCUCCUCGAGUCAGGAGACAAGAGAGCAACAUUGAGGGGACCCCAGCUGAGAGGUUGUCGAGUGCCAAGCCUGCACCUCCCAUUAUACUGGACGGGAAGAGAACGUCAGAUGAUGAGGAGGAUGAAGAUGAACAGUUCCUAGUGAUGGAGGCCGUCACUCCACAUCCAGAUUCUCCUAAAACAGUGAGAGAAACUGCACAUGAACUCGAUGCUGAUGAAAAACAUGGCGGACUUGUGAAAAAGAUCCUUGAAACAAAGAAGGACUACGAGCCGACUCCAUCCUCAUCAAAGUCUAAAGAACAGAACUUGGUGUCCGAAACAGCUCGUAAAAAAGAUCGAGAACUGGUGAUGAGGGAGAUCGACCGGCUUCGCUCCUCCAUCCAGAUGGUGUGUCGGAGUUCCUUACCGCUUGGAAAGAUCAUGGACUACAUCCAGGAGGACGUGGACGCCAUGCAGGCUGAGCUGCAAAGCUGGCGGCGGGAGAAUAAGGAGCACGCACAGGCUUUGCUGCAGGAGCAGAGGAUAACUGACCGGGUCGUGGAGCCUCUCACUGCGGAGCUAGUCGAGCUGGACCAGCUUAUCAAGGACCAGCAGGAUAAAAUUUGUGCUGUGAAGUCCAAUAUACUGAAGAAUGAGGAGAAGAUCCAGAAGAUGGUAACUGGGAUUAACUUUUCCUCCAGGACCUGAGUGAAUAAACUAGAUAGGAAAAAAUGUACUCUAAACAUUUAAAGAUGAGCUGUUUUUAAUAAAGAGCCGCACUUUGCGAUACA